AUUUUUCUCGUUAGAUGUUCAUAGAUAUAUGAGAAGUGGUGGAUAAUUAGCUUAGAGGGUAGCAAGUAUGAAAAUUCCAGAGACAUCGGCCAACGUUGGGGCUUAUUACGGGAACGAAGAUAAUGGCCAGUGGCAGCAGGCUAACGGCGUGGUCAUAGACGGCGGUGUGGGAGGCGGCGUGGUCGGCAGCGGAGACGCGGGACUCCGGCCCCCGGUGUACCCCGUGCACCACGUACCCAGACACGUGGCUGGCGGAUACAUGAUGGCGGGAGGAUACUACCCGGGGGCUCCGGCCUUCGUUGAGCCGCAGGACGACUUCGAAGAUUACAUGUGGAUGGAAAACGAGGAGGAGUUCGACAAACAGGUGAUGCAACAGCUAGAAGAGGAAGCUCUGAUGGAACAGUGUAUCGAGGCGAUGCUCGAGGAUGAACAGCGGGAACAGAGACAGAGGCCCGUUUCUAAUGGACACAAUCAUUACCCAACAACAAGUAAUGGAUCUGCGUCGUUAUCACUUGAGGAGACGGUGUCGAGAUCGAAACUAAACCCUCUGGCCGCUGAGUUUGUACCCUUCAGAGCGAGGCCGCCUCCAGAAGAAAAGCAAGAUGUAACGGAAACAAGCAAAGAAGUUGAAAGUGCUAAAGAAGUGACACCGCCCGCGGAGGUCGUUGAGCGGACAGACGAGGUCGAUAGCAAGCCCUCGGUAGAAGAAAGUAAAACAGAAGUUCCAGAACCCACUCCAGUUGCUUCAGAUCCACCGGAGGUCAGCGCAGCGGACGUCCAGCCAAUAGACAAGGAAAAGAAGCCAAAAGAAGUUAAAAAAGACACAAAACCUAAGCCGGAAGUCAAAAAAGUUGUCAAGAAUGAGGUCAAGAAACCGAAACCCGCACCUGUGAAGUCGGACAGCAAAGUAGUAGCUAAGCGGAAAGAGGUCAAACCUAAAAGUGAAGUUAAAGAGGAAGUUACAACAGAGAUCGUUAAACAAUCAACACCGCCGCCAGUGGAAGAGUCGCAACCGGGAAUCAAACCUAUCAACUACGCGGCCGCCGCUAAAGCGAAUAAACCCAAGAAAGCGACGAGUCCAGUCGCAGAGAAGCCCCCAGCACCGGUGAAAACUGAAGUAAAGCCGACGAAACCAUCAGAGAAGACGGAAAAGAAACCGCCCGUUAAGGAUAAAGUCAAACCAGAGAAGCAAGAUAAGCCAGUUGGAGUACAAAGGAAGAAUUCGACAAAGUAAUAUUUUAGUGUACAAAAAAAUAUAUAUAUUUCUGCACCGGCAGACGUUGUCCUACAACGGUGACACUUUGAAUUCGGUAACGUUGCUUUGUAUGUACAUAGUACCCCCUUUUUAUAUUUGUGAUAUUUCCCAUAACGCACUCUUUCUUCUUUACGUGUGGAAAUUGAUGAAAAGAAAAUAUAUAGUGUAUAAAUCUUAUAAAAUAUUAUUGUAUAAGUUAGAGUAAAAAAAAAUAAUAAUUUCUAGUUUAUAUUACUGUUUAGUGUUCAGGGUGGGUUUUUGUUGUAACGCAUAAUAUGUAGGGAAAGUUGUCAAUGAAAUUGUUCAUAAUACAGCCUAAACAUUGUUACCGAUGUACAAAAAUAAUUAAUUUUGAUCGUAAAGUUUAAUAAAAUUCUUAUAUACGUAUAAGAAGUCAAAGAGCAAUCUCUGAUGUCCAUUUACAUACAAACUUUAUAUAUUCAAGUUUUUAUUACAAGGGAAAUAUUUUUGUUACAACAAAAACUACACUAGCACUGCACAAAACGGAAAUGGUGACCAGUAGAACUUAUGUGAAAGUUAAAGAAAAUUCGAAUAGGCGCUAUUAUGUUUUGUGCAGUAAAUAAGCCUAGUAAUAAGGCUGUCCAUUAACCAUAGCAGAAUAAUAUUAAAACAAACAAAAAAAUGUACAUUUUUGUGAGCGUCAAAAAAAUGUAUAUGAAAAAAAUGCACGGACCGUGUGUUAGGGUAUCGCGUUAGCACUAAGUUUAUCUAGACUAGGUUUGUUUUUGUAGGUUUUAAAUUUAGAUUUUUGAGAAAUAAUUUGUGCUGUCAGUUAUUUGAAAUCGUGUCCUCGGUGGGUGUGAAGCUAGCGUUUCUUUGAUGGAAACGGGCAUCAAAUGCAAAUUUUAGUUUUGAAAGGUAAUAUGUAUUAAUACUAAUGUAAUGUAUGUUCCAUUUUUUUGGGGACUAUGUCGAUUGUAAUUUCUCUGGGUAGCAAAAAAAUAGUAAUUUCUAAAUAUCCAGAGAAAUUAUUAAUUUUAAUACCUUUUCGAAUCGAAGGACAGCACAGUUAAAAAUUGUUUUCGGCGUUUGAAAAUUACUAGAUCGUCAAAUAUACCAUUUUGGUAGAAAUUUACCGUUUUGGUAACUUCCGUUGACUCUGUCGCUAUUUAUUAGGUUUGAUAAUUAAUAUUGAAAUUUUCGUUACACUUUUUGGAGUGUAUUUAAUAGAAAUUGGCAUAAUUGUUGAGAAUUAUAUCAUAAUAAUAUAGAUUUCUAUAGAACGUUGAACGUGUAACCACUGCCUUUAAAAUAAUAUAACGAAAUGAAAGAAAAAAAAAAAAUAUAUCUCGAUUUUUCAAAUAACAGAUAAGUUAAUUUUUUUAGUGAAUAUGGAAACUGUUUUGAAAGUCUGGAAACGUAGGAUAAAAAUCAUGAAUAAAAAAAAAAAUAAUAAAUUUUAUUCGGUAAGUCGUUUUUUAGUUUUAAAACGAGACUUCUUGCGUUCGUCAAUUAAUUUUCGUGCAACAAUUUUUUUUUUCUUUUAACCAAGUCAUCUAAAUAUGUUUGAGAUGAUUUUAAUAUUAUUAUAUUUUGUUUUCAAUAAGCGAUUGUACAAUAAAAUUGAAUCAAUAAUAUUUUUCCGUUCGAAGUCCGAGCUCAUGUUUAAGUUAUAAUUAUUCUUAUAAAAUUAUUUGUAAAGAUCGUCACAACUGGCUAGUGUUGUUUAUAAACGAAAUGUCAAUAUAUGUAUAAUACUAUAAACAA